AUGUGGAUCUGCUUUAAAGCUGCAAUUCCGGAACCACCACAUCUUAAAAUUGGCGAUGAUACAAUUGAAAGAGUAAAGUCAUUCAAGUUGCUAGGUCUUUGGAUUGACAAUACCCUUAAAUGGAACACCCACAUUGACGAAAUUGCAAGGAGGGCAAACAAACGCUUAUUCUACCUACGAGAGUGUCGUUGAGCAGAUCUACCAACUAAUGUGGGUUUGACGUGCUAUGAAUCCAAAUUAAGACCAGUUUUGGAAUAUGCGGCCCCACCAGAAUAGAAGCCUGAAAAUUUUGGGUCUACCUUCUGAUUCUCUUCAAUCUCUAGAACAACGUCGGGAUAAACUUUCAAUUCGCGAGUACGAGAAAAUCAUUAAUGACGAAACACACCCAUGCAGGAAGUACAUACCAGACAUGGUGACGAACAAGUAUGACCUAAGAACACCAAAAACUCUAUAAAGCAUGAAAUAAAAGCUAGGCAAAAGGCGUUUAAAUCUGGAGAUAUAAGAAGGUACAAACUAUUAUGUGACAAAGUUACCUCACUUGUAUCAAAUGCGAAAAAGAAUUACUAUCAACUAAAAGCAGAGGGUACACGCGAAACGAAUCCGGCAAAGUGGUACAAAACCAUAUUUGAACUUGCUGCCGCUAAUGACUGUAACUCUCAACCACCAGCUGAUGCAGCAGAGUUAGCGGAACGCUUGCAACAAAGCUUCACCAAACCUUGGCAGAAUGCCAACCCCACUGAAAUUCCGGACGUUGGGGAAAUUGAACUCCUACUUAAGAAUGAUACCAGUCCCCCGUUGCCUUCCAUCGGACAAAUUAAGGCUACCCUUAAACAUCUAAAUCCCAGGAAGGCCACUGGCUCAGAUGAGAUCCCUCCAUGGUUACUGAAACGUUACCAUGAAGAACUUGCCCCUGUUAUUCAUAACAUCAUAUGCUCUAGCAUCUCCCAGGCUAAAUACCCAACCCCAUUGGUCACCCCAGUGCCUAAAAUAUACCCUCCUAAUGAUAUGGAUAAUGAUUUUCGCCAAAUCUCAGUAUUACCACAAUUGGCUAAAGUCUUAGAAAGCAUCCAACUUAAAUUAAACAAAGGGGACCUUAAGAUCAAGGACAAUCAACAUGCAUUUACACACGGUAGAUCAACUGUAUCUGCACUGGCGAGCAUCACCCAAAAUUGGUUCAACAAGACUGAAAACUCACGUGAUGGAAGAAUGG